UUGUACAUGUACAUGUAAUUUAGCAUGCUUUUCAUGACUUCUUGUAUACACAACUCUCUCUCUCUUCUCUCCUGGACUUCGAAGUGUUCACACACCUUUCUCUUGAGUUGAAGACCAUCAACUACAGUUGAUAUAUCAGGUUAAGAUGUUUAAAACAGGAGGUAAAGCUGAAAUAAUUCGCUCACAGCAGAAAGAUGAAUUUUACCUGUCGUACUUGAGGGGAUUAACUGCUGAUGUUGUUCACAAUUUAUUUGGACCUAGAGUUUGGAUUGCAUGGAGAAAGGAAGUGGAUAAGAUUGCUGAAGUUGGAUAUUUCCUGCUUACCACUGUAUCUGGUUUUCAAACAAUUGGUGAAGAAUAUGUGAAUAUAAUUCAAGUUGAUCAUACAAGAAGACAAAUACCAUCACCCUUGACAAGGAGUUUUAUGGUGUUUCUGCAUGUGCUGACCCCAUAUUUACUCCGAAAGCUUUUUGAUUGGUUGGAAAAGAAAAUGCGGUCACAUGACAGCCAAGAGAUUCCCAUGGAAACAAGAGAAUUUUUUCUUAAAUAUAUUCCAUUAGCAAGGACGGUUGUUUUAUAUGUGCACAGACUUCAUAUGGCAGUGUUUUACUUAAAAGGUGUUUUCUAUCAUCUUGCUAAAAGGAUAAAUGGUGUAAAUUAUAUACAAUAUGCUGCAGGACCAGCUAAGGUGGAUGAAAGUGUAACCACCAGUUUCAAGGUUCUAGGUUGGAUCACUUUGCUACAACUAGCCGGGUCCAGUCUCCUGGGUACCUACAGUUAUAUCAGAGAUAAGACGAAACAUGGAGGUCUCUUAACUUCAGAUAUAGAGGAAAAAGAAAGCACAAGUUAUGUACGUGAAGACAGGAAGUGCUCUCUAUGUUUGGAGGAGAGGAAGAACAGCUCUGUUACACCAUGUGGUCAUCUCUUCUGUUGGAAUUGUAUUCAUGAUUGGUGCUCAAGUAAGGCAGAAUGUCCAUUAUGCAGGGAAAAAUUUGAGCAACACAGAAUUGUACCUCUACAGAACAUGGAUCCACCAUAAACACAGUAUAACAAUAGUAUAUAGAAUUUUAGAAAAUCAGUAUUAUUCUGUUAAGCUUGUUUUUGAAUAUUGCAUUGUUUCUUUAAUAUAUUCCCCAAAAUUUUAUAUUAUGAUGUUGCUAGUUUGCCUGUUUGUCUUUUUUUUCCACAUACAUGACUUACCAUUAAUCAAAACAUGUUUUUUUUUUAUUGAUAAUAUAAGGGAUAUAUAUAUAUAUAUAUAAAUAUAUGCCAUUAGUUUUCAUUUUGAUUGAAACACUGUAACAGUUAUUUUUAGCUUGAUUUCUUACAUAUUUUGGGUACUUAAGCUGUGUCAAUGCAUCAUUCAUACAUACAGUGAUGGGAUUAUCCGUCAUUAAGUCCGUCUGCCAGUAUUGGUUCCUGCUUUCAUCAUUUUCUAAGAAUGCAGCUGCAGGUUAUGCUACAUGUACUUUGUAGUGCGAGUGCCCUUGACAUCUGUAGUAUUUUAUAUAUUACUUGUUAGUAUAAAGUUAUCAUCUUUAUGAAAUAUGCAUAAGCACAUAAAGCACAUAAAUAUACUUCUGUGAUAGGCAAAUAAAGAAGGGGUAUAUGUGUCUGUGUCUUAUAGACACAUUACUAGUGGGUUUUUUUGCUGGACUUUUUUUUUUGGGGGGGGGGGGGGUAAAAGUAUUAUUACAGUUACUUUGGUGUUGCCUUUGCCGUCCUCAAACUUGUACAUUUACCUUUUACAUGGUGCCAUAAACUUGACAAGAACAGUUUCUCUGUCAGUUAGUUUCUCAACAAUACCUGGAUGAUAGGCAACUGCCACAUAGUCAUUUUCAGAAACAGAUUCAAUCUCUUUAAAUGUAUCUUCACAUCUUUAAUGACUUUUAUUGGAAUUCUCACAGUCAUUAUUUUUUCUUUAUUUUACCCUUGUUUUUAACUUCUUUCAUCAUGCUUUCAUGGAUCUCAGUUAGUACAUUUUUUUUUUCAUUUUCCUGAUGUUUCCUCCUUAGCUUUUUCUACCCUUUUUCAAGCUGAUUUAAGGAGUUGUGAUUUUAUUUCCCUGUCCAUUUCACUUAGCUAUUCACUUAUUUGUGUAUGAUUUCUCGUAAGCAUCUGGAUUGAUGAAUGAUGGUGGUUUGAUGCAUGGGGCCUUUUUCUCUGACUGGAGUCAAGGUCUCCAAAUUGAUGUUCACACGCUAGGUUUGUAACAUGCGCAAAAAUUGCAUGUUUUUGAUGAUCCGCUGACACUUUUACAAAUUUACCACCUUGAAGAAAAUCAGCAGACUGGUUUCUAACACAUUUUAACAUUCCACUUGCAUCUAUUGUAAUAUAUAUUAAUAUAUAUGUCGCCACAACUCUGUAGAGGUGACAAUUUCAUUAUGAGAGAUACAAAUAAAAUCUUGGUCUUUUCUAUAUUGAAACAAAGUACCUUAAAUUAUUAAAUAAUGUCAUUCAUCGUUAUAAAAAGAUGAUAUGCCUUAUCAUAUAAAUUAUUAAUAAAAAAGUAGGUACCACAUUUAUUUUCAGUUGAGGCUCUUGGCUUGGCUACUAUCUGGCCAUUUUCAUCAACACCAAGAAGAGCUCCCUGUGGGGUUUCUUUCAAAUCUGUUGCAGUCCCCUUCAACAAAAUAGCCAGAUUUAUGUAUUUGUUUUGUUGAAUUUUUAAUUUUAUUUGAUUGGGCACAUGUAGUCCCAAGUUUUCCCCACCACCCCCUAUAAUUUUGGUUGCUCAGAAAUUUCAAGCAUUGAACUAUUAGAAAUUGGUUGAGACACACCAGAAGAUUUACUUGGUAAAUUUAACGACUCCGAGAUAAUUGUUUCAAAAUCUAUUAUUUCAAGACUAAGCCCAACAACUAUCCAUGGCACGCCAAAACUGCUAAGUAAAAAACAACUCAAUGUCAGAUUUUCCUUUUUCUUGUUAUUCCAAAAUCAAAAAUAUAAAUUUGUGUUUAAUAAUAAGUGGUAAUAUCAAUAUCAAAUAAAUGAUGCAUCCUCAUUCACUAAUAGAAAUAUAAACAUGAUUGGCAAUAAUUGGCCGCAAUUAGGUAAUUGACUUCCUUUGAUCAUCAAUUAUACAAGAUAAUUGUCAUAAGGAAGUGGAUAAUCAAGGACAGAAAAACCCAGGCUGCCAGGGACCAGAUGGUGUAUAAGUGAAAUGCAUGUCAUUCAAAAUAUUUGCCUAUGAAUUUAGGUUUCCACAUCUCCGCUCUAUAUAUUAAAGCUCCUUUAUUAUUUUAUUUCCAUAUCUCCGCUCUAUCAAUUAGAGCUCCUUAAAAAAUUAAGUUUCCAUGUCUCCGCUCUAUUUAUUAGAGCUCAUGUAUCCUUUUAAUCCUAUUUUCCAGUCUCCAGCUGGGUCUACCUGUUCCGAGCGGACCCAACAUUUUUAAGUUUAGGCAGAAAUAAGGCAGCCUCCCCCCAGAAUUGGUCAUCACCCAAUAAUACAAUGUAUUUUAAGUGCCAUAUUAAGGGGAGAAGCUCACCAAUAACUGAUUAUAAGUUAUGUUAUGAAGUUUUAGCAAGUAUAUGUACAAAUGUAGAGCCAGUUUUAGACACCAUCCAAUCCCCAGCAGCCCAGAAUUUUCCGCCACAACAAAUUUUGUUAAAAAUUUGUCCCCCAAAUUCUGAAUAGACGAGCAUAUCUGCACUUAAUAAAAAAUUUAAUGUUCAAUAUAUUUUAAGUUCCUAUCCCCUAAGAAUUUUUCUAUUGCUUCACCUAUAGCCAAAAUAUACAUUUCUUUCCCUACAGUGGACAGGUGAACGUUGUCUGAAUGGAAAAACCCUGGUGUUGCCAUAUCGAUAGAUUUCAUGUUCAAAACACGUCCUUUUGGGUGCUGCAAUGUAAACUUUGAUAAUGCCCUGUUAAUGUUAUUUCUUUUUUUGUUCAUGGCUGCAUUAUCUUGAGACCGCCAAGACAAACGAGGUAAAAUAAAAGUCCAGACAAUAAAGGAAUUUGAAAAAUUUGAAAAUAGAAAUUGUAAUUCUGCUUUAAGAAGUCGCACAAUUUUGCACUGAUUUGUGUUGCAUAUAUUGUUUCCUCCAAUGUUGAUAAAUAUCAAUUUAGGGGUCUUGCCUUGGAUCAUUCCAUAUUGAAGUUUUUGAUGCAGGCCCUCAACCCUAAGGCCACUUGUACCACACCAGUCUAUGGUCAAGUGUGGGAAGCUUCUUCUAUCAUGCUUCAUAAACUGUUCACCUGUCCACCUUACAAUAGAGUCACCCACAAUCCAUAUGUCUGCAAUAAUUCAAAAUAUCGGUGAAAUUUUCACAAUCUUAUAUAUCUAGAGAAGGCCUUUGAUGACCACCGACCCAGUAAUUUUAUUUUCUCAUCAGAGUAACCCUGCACAGCUAAAUCUGUUGCACGACCUAUGCGAAAACUAUGGGUUUUAAACACAGAAAUGUCUAACCCAGCAUGUUGACAUGCUUUGGACAGAACCGCAGAAAACUGAUACCUUGUAAGUGGGGAUGCAUUUUCGUGACAGAAAAACUGAACAGCUCUGGAAGGCAUAACUUCCAUAAAACGACGUAGUGAAACAAUGUAU